GUUUGUCUUUGCCUCCGAAUGUGCUGUGCUUAAAGGCGUGCUCCCCCGCGCCCGGCCUCUCUUCUCAGUUUUUCCCUAAACAUCGUCGUAGAAAUCGUUUUGCAGAUGAGGCAGCUAAGGGUACAAGGUCGCAACCUAGUAAAUGGCAGCAACCUUUCUCUGCAAAGCGUACCGUGGGGGCCACCUAACCAUCCGCCUAGCCUUGGGUGGCUGCACCAACCGGCCCUUUUACCGCAUUGUGGCUGCUCACAACAAGUGUCCCAGGGAUGGCCGCUUCGUGGAGCAGUUGGGCUCCUUCGAUCCACUCCCCAACAGUAACGGAGAAAAACUGGUUGCUCUCAACCUGGACCGGAUCCGGCAUUGGAUUGGCUGUGGGGCUCACCUCUCUAAGCCCAUGGAGAAACUUCUGGGUCUUUCUGGCUUUUACCCCCUGCAUCCGAUGAUGAUCACAAAUGCUGAGAGACUUCGGAGGAAGAGAGCUCGAGAAGUCCUCUUAGCGUCCCAGAAAACAGAAUCGGAGCCUGGAGGAACAGAAGCAAGCUGACAUCAGUGCACACAGUUGUGGCUGCAAGGUCAAGGGGCCUUCACAACUCUUGCGUAGAGCUUUUUGUUGGUUUGAGGAUCAAUAAAUGGAGGUUUUCAA